AUGUGUGACCAGCAGAAGCAGGUGCAGUUCCCUCCAUCUUGUGUGAAAGGUUCAGGAUUGGGGGCUGCGCAAAGUUCCCAAGUUACCGCUGUGAAAUGCGCAGCUCCAUGCCCAGCUCCAUGCGUCACUCAGACCUGCGUGAAAUGCCCAGCUCCAUGCGUCACUCAGACUUGUGUGAAAUGCCCAGCUCCAUGCCAGACAACCUAUGUGAAAUGUGCAGCUCCCUGCCAGACAUAUGUGAAGUGCCCAGCUCCGUGCCAGACAACCUAUGUAAAAUGCCCAGCUCCGUGCCAGACGACCUACGUGCAAUACCCAACUGUCUACCCGACCCAGACGUACUAUGUCCAGUACCCUUCUUAUGCCCAGAGCUACUACCUUCAGUCUUCUGCAGGUGGCUCGGGCGCCCAGAGCUACUACCUCCAGUCUUCUGGAGGUGGCUCGGGCGCCCAGAGCUACUACCUCCAGUCUUCUGGAGGUGGCUCGGGUGCCCAGUGCUGUGUCCCUGAUCCAUGCUCUGCUCCCUGUUCCACCAGCUACUGCUGUCUGGCUCCCCGGACCUUCGGGGUGAGUCCCCUGAGACGCUGGGUCCAACGGCCUCAGAACUGCAACUCAGGAUCCUCUGGCUGCUGUGAGGACUCUGGGUGCUGCAGCUCCGGGUGCUGCAGCUCCGGAUGCUGCUCCGGGUGCUGCUCUGGGAUCUGCUGUUUGGGAAUUAUUCCCAUGAGGUCUGAAGGUCCCGCGUGCUGUCAUCGCGAGGAUGACUGCUGCUGCUAA